UUUCUCCCAGUGUCUUGCGGCGAAACGUAGAACGGACGGCCAAAAAGGCAUAUCCGCAUCAAGCUUGCGAAUUUUGAUGCGCAUACGGCAGCGUCCAAUCGACGCGAUAUUUUUAAUGCCGGAAGUUUGGUUUCUGAACCAAAGGUGAAGCGAUUGGUUUUGCGAUCUCUCGAUUCGUCGGUCGUCACCCGAGUAUUAGGGAUAUUAUGGCGCAGCCGCUCCCCUCCGACGACAAGGCUGAAGAGGUUCCCGGCAUUUCACAACAAAGAGUCAUAAUUCCAAACGAACAUGGAGAGAAGCUUGUUGGGGUACUACAUGAGACUGGUUCUAAGAAGCUUGCAAUCUUGUGUCAUGGAUUCCGUGCUUCAAAGGAUGAUAAAACUUUACUUAACCUUACUGCUGCAUUAACAAGACAAGGGAUCAGUGCGUUUCGGUUUGAUUUUCCUGGAAAUGGGGAAAGUGAGGGUGCUUUCCAGUAUGGCAACUAUAGAAGAGAGGCUGAUGACUUGCAUGCUGUAGUCCUCUAUUGGUCUAAACAAAAAUAUGAAGUAAGUGCUAUCAUCGGGCACAGUAAAGGAGGAAAUGUGGUGCUUUUAUAUGCUUCCAUGUAUCAUGAUGUCCCUAUAGUCAUCAAUCUUUCUGGUCGCUUUGCCUUGGAUAGAGGCAUUGAAGGUCGCUUAGGCAAAGAGUUCAUGCAGAGAAUCAAGAAAGAUGGCUUUAUUGAUGUGAAGGACAGAACAGGAAAAGAUGAGUAUCGGGUGACCGAAGAAAGUCUAAUGGAUCGAUUAAACACAGACAUGCAUGCAGCAAGCCUCUCCAUUGACAAAGCAUGCAGGGUCUUGACAGUUCAUGGUUCAGAAGAUGAAAUUAUACCCACAGAAGAUGCCUUAGAGUUCGCCAAGCUUAUACCUAAUCACAAGCUACAUAUUAUUGAAGGCGCCAACCAUUGCUAUACUGCACAUCAGGAAGAGCUGGCUUCAGUCGUCGUGGGCUUCAUAAAAUUUGAUCAGGUUGAAGAUGCCAGUGCAGUGGGAGACGUCUAAAGCCAUUGGACCUUUGCAAGAGAAUAAUGCACCGUGGGUGGCUUCACUCUUGACAGUAGCUUCCAGUUUCGUUGCUGUUGAUUUAGCUGUGGGUUUGGGAGAACAUCACUGUUACUUAUCGAACCUUGAGUGGUAUUCAAAGUCUGAAGUGAUUGAGAAACUUUUGCUUGGUUGGCCAAUAACCUAGUGGGUGAUGGGAAUAUAUGCAAAAGUGAGAUGUCUUAAAUGGGAAGUGGAUUGCAGAUUGCAAAUGCUUGUAUGAGAUUCUCACCAGUUCUUUUGCCAUGAACCAGUGCCACCCAUGUUCACUGCCCGCGCAUCUACAUGUCACUUGUAUGAAUGUAAUAGUCACUGGAAUGACUUAGCAGCUGCAUGCUCCUGUAACUUACCGGAUGUCUUGUUAUGUAAUGAUGAUUGUACGAUAUAUCCAACGAUGAAUGUUGUUAAUGGUCUAGAACUGUUGCAUCCCUGUUAUCAUUUGAUGAUGAAUAUCUUCACAUAA